AAAAAAACACAGCAAAAGAAAAAAAAAGUCUUCCAUUUCCCCAUAUUCUACUCCUCUGAUCCUUCAAUUUCGUACCCAUAAAAAUCUGACCAUUUUGUUUUCUGACCGGGAAAAUCGCAGAAUCUUGGGUGUUCUGAGUUUUGUCGGAGAAGUAAACAAAGACUAUAUUUUGACGAUUUGGGUUUGUGUCGAAAUGAUAGAUAUCCCUGGAACACCAGGGACUUUGACUGGUCUUGUCUUGAGAAUUUCUCAGUGUGUUUUUGCUGCUGCCUCCAUUGCUUACAUGGUUACUUCUGGUGGAUUCUUCAGCUACACUUCUUUCUGUUACCUAAUUGCAGCAAUGGGUUUACAAGUCAUAUGGAGUUUCGGUCUUGCAAUACUUGACACAUUCGCUUUAGCAAGAAAGAAAACGCUUCUUAGCCCGGUUUUGAUCAGCCUCUUUGUAGUUGGAGACUGGGUGACAGCAACAUUGUCUCUAGCAGGAGCCUCGUCCUCUGCAGGAAUCACAGUUUUAUACUUUGGGGAUUUAGGAAGCUGCAGCUUUGAAGCAGAGUGUUGGAGGUAUCAACUCUCUGUUGCUUUAGCUUUCCUUUCUUGGAUCACAAUCGCCGUUUCUUCACUUACCACUCUUUGGUUACUUGCUUCUGGAUAAUAACUCAACCGCAUUCACUUGUACAAGUUCCAUAUAUAUACACCCUUAUUAGACAAAAGCCAUUUAAGAUUUUUGAUUCUUUAUUUUGUUAAUAGAAACGAUUAUACCUUCUUUUUCUCUUAACUCUUCAAUGUAUACUCAAUUUAAUGUAACUUUUUGAUGUUUUAAAUGUAUACUGUUUAUGUAAAAUUAACAGUUUUUUUUAAGUUGAGCUUAAAAGCC